CGUCAGUCUUCACUGUCCACUUGUUUGCAAGCGCUAGUAGUGCGGCUCCGCUCCCAACCGAGACGACGAGCCGCCCAAGACGAGGAGCCAUUUACUCCCACUCCCAAUCCCACCACGCACCCGCAUUGUUUCAAAAAUUCUCGAAUCGGCCCUUGGUGGCAGCCCCCUGGCCGCCGGCGACUGCGGCGAGGGGCUCUUCUGGUGAAGGGGGCCGCUUUGCUUCGCUGCAAGCUCGCCGUAGGGAGGGGGAGGAGGAGGGUGUGACGAGGAGGAGGGCAAGGCAGGCGGGGCAGCGGUGGAGGUGCGAAGACUGAAGAGGCGCCGCCCAUGGACACCGCGCGGGGGGUCGCGUGCCUUCUCGUGGCGGUGAUCUGUUUGUCGUGCGCCGCCGCCGCCGCUGCGAGGACGCCGGCGGCGAGGAUGCAUCGCCACCUCAAGCGGCUCAAUAAGCCGGCCGUGAAGAGUAUCGAGAGCCCAGAUGGGGACAUCAUAGACUGCGUGCACAUCUCCCACCAGCCAGCGUUUGAUCACCCGUACCUCAAGAAUCACACUGUACAGAUGAGGCCGAACUACCAUCCGGAGGGCCUGUACGACGAAUCCAAGACCAAUGUGGCCUCCACCAGCAAUGGCGAGAGGCCUAUGGUACAGCUCUGGCAUCAGAAUGGGAGGUGCCCGGUAGGCACCGUCCCCAUUAGGCGAACGAAGAAGGACGACCUGCUCAGGGCAAGCUCAAUGCGGCGGUAUGGCAGGAAGAGGCACACAACAGCAAACCCAAUGUCGGUCAAUCCCACCAUGCUGAACGAGGGUGGCCAUCAGCAUGCGAUAGCGUAUGUUCAAGGUGACAAGUACUAUGGCGCCAAGGCGACCAUCAAUGUGUGGGAACCCAAGAUCGAGCAGCCUAACGAGUUCAGCUUGUCCCAGCUCUGGAUCUUGGGGGGAUCAUUCGGGGAGGAUCUUAACAGCAUUGAGGCUGGAUGGCAGGUUAGCCCGGACCUCUAUGGGGACAACAACACAAGGCUGUUCACCUACUGGACCAGUGAUGCAUACCAAGCAACAGGGUGCUACAACAUAUUGUGCUCAGGGUUCGUUCAGAUUAACAGCGAGAUUGCCAUGGGCGCCAGCAUCUUCCCAACCUCAAGCUACUCUGGCUCCCAAUAUGAUAUCAGUAUACUGAUCUGGAAGGACCCAAAGGAGGGCAACUGGUGGAUGCAGUUCGGCAAGGACUACGUGCUGGGCUACUGGCCGUCGUUCCUCUUCUCGUACCUGGCGGACAGCGCGUCGAUGAUUGAAUGGGGCGGGGAGGUGGUGAACUCACAGCCCGACGGUGUGCACACCUCGACGCAGAUGGGCAGCGGGCACUUCCCGGAGGAAGGGUUCAGCAAGUCGAGCUACUUCAAGAACAUCCAGGUGGUGGACAGCACCAACAACCUGAAAGCCCCAAAGGGGCUGGGCACCUUCACCGAGCAGUCCAACUGCUACGACGUGCAGAACGGCAACAAUGGCGACUGGGGCACCUACUUCUACUACGGCGGCCCUGGGAGGAGCUCCAACUGCCAGUAGCAACUCUGAAAGUGUAGCCGCGAUUCAGAGUGUAAUACACCGUCGCAAGCAUCAGUUUUCUCGUAGCCCUAGAUCAAUAGUGUGUCAUGUGAAUGGGGUUCUUUUGUUGCUGGUGUGUAGUAGUUUCUCUCUCUGCUGAGUUUCUUCUCUUCUCUUUCUUUUUUUUUUCUUGUUAGUGCCAAGAUGGCUUCUGAAGAGAAGCAUGGCAUGUGGUGGUGAUGUGUUGCCCUUAUGGUGGCCUACCUCCUUUUCCUAUAUGGUAGAUUCACUUGUCCUUGUGGUUAUGGGCUGUGCUCCUUUUUUCCACCCUUGUCACCUUUUUUUCACCUUUGAUGAAUGUCAGUGUGGCGCACCGAAAGGUGGAAUGGGCAGAAUUCAGAUUUA